GGAGAGAGGCUGGAGGGAAAGAGAAAACAGAGAGAGCGAGCGAGCGUACGGGCUGAUUGUGUGCGCGCGCUCAUGGGGAGAGGGAGAUAUUGCCGAGGCUUAGUGCAGUCAGCGUGCGUCUGGGGUAGAGAGGAUACGAGAGGGUGGUGGACGCAUACAGAGAGUGUGUGUGUGUGAGUGUGUGUGGCAGAGAGAUAGUGGGGAACGAAUGACCCUUGGCGCUUUGAGACUUUUGUUUUUGUAGAUGUGUGUUUGCGUCUCGCCCGGUUUGUUCCCCGGCUCGGCAUGAACGCGACGGCAUUGCGAGCCGCAACAGCGCGCCCCGUGGCGACACGAAGCUCGGUACCUCCGAGCGCGGUCGCGCCUGAGAUGGUCAGAAAAACCAUGUAAGCUCCCGCGGUAGAGAAAGGGGCAACACUCCUCUACCGACCCACCUACCCUGCUACCCCCCACCCCACCCCCCACACACACACUCGAUGUCAAAUAGCCGGCAAAUGUCGAAGAAACGAAGAGCGGGCGAAGAUGGAUUACAACAUUCAUCGUCAUCAUCAUCACCGUCGUCAUCAUCAUCGUCGUCGGCAUCAUCUUCAUCUCUGUCGUCGUCUUCGUCAUCAUCCUCGCUCAAGACGAAGGACAGCAUUGAGCAUGGCGAAGGCCUUACGGACGAAAAGGUAAAGACUUACCUGUCGCUCAACCGGCACGUGCUGGAUGAGUACGUGGCGGAAAGCGUCAGCGUGGAGACCCUGGAACGGUGGAUCCGCAGGAAAAACAAAAAAUGUGAAGACAAUGCGAGCGUUCGUGAGGUCACACGGGUGAGUACGUCGCCCCCUAACUCAUUACCACGUCAGCAUGCGGCCUCGAAGCAGUACCAGGAUACGAACGUUCAGGCGGUUGUGUACGAGCUCAACAGCCACAUCGAGCAGAGGCUGGACAUGGGCGGCGACAGCAAACUUCUGCUGCACGAACUUUGCUACAUCAUCCACAAUGCAACGAACGCCGAUGGAUUUUCCCUCUACUUCCUGGGCGAAUGCAACAACAGCUUGUGCCUCUUCACGCCGACUGGAGCCAAGGAGGGUCAGCAGAGGCUGAUCCCGGCUGGGCCCGUGGGUUUUGGCGCCACCGUGUCGGCCUAUGUCGCCAAGGUGCGACAGACGGUGCUGGUGGAAGACAUCCUAGGGGAUGAGCGGUUCCCCCAGGGCGUGGGGCUGGACCCGGGCGCCCAGGUGCGUUCCGUGCUCUGCCUGCCGCUCAUCACCGCCAACGGGGAUCUGCUCGGAGUCCUCGAGCUGCAGCGGCGCUGGGGCAAGGAGCCCUUCACCAUCCGGCACCAGGAGGUGGCCACCGCCUUGCUGGCGUGGGCGUCUGUGGCUAUUCACCAAGUGCAGGGCAGGUGGGAAAGUGCCGCUCCCAACUGUGUGGACCAGAAGUCACUUGAAGGGAUCUCAGAGGUGAGCCAUGGGCUGGCCAAGCAGACGGAGCUCAACGACUUCCUUCUUGACGUCUCCAAAACGUACUUUGACAACAUCGUCGCCAUCGAUUCGCUUCUGGAGCACAUCAUGAUCUACGCCAAGAAUCUGGUGAACGCGGACCGCUGCGCUCUCUUCCAAGUCGACCACAAGAACAACGAGCUCUACUCUGACCUGUUUGACAUCGGGGAGGAGAAGGAAGGCCAGCCUGUGUUCAGGAAAACAAAGGAGAUCAGGUUUUCCAUCGAGAAGGGCAUCGCUGGGCAGGUGGCCAAGACGGGGAUGGUGCUGAACAUUCCCGACGCCUACGCAGACCCGCGCUUCAACCGCGAGGUGGACCUGUACACGGGCUACACGACGCGCAACAUCCUGUGCAUGCCCAUCGUGAGCCGCGGCAGCGUCAUCGGGGUGGUGCAGAUGGUCAACAAGCUGUCGGGCAGCGCCUUCACCAAGACGGACGAGAACAACUUCAAGAUGUUCGCCGUCUUCUGCGCCCUCGCGCUGCACUGCGCCAACAUGUACCACCGGAUCCGGCACUCGGAGUGCAUCUUCCGGGUGACGCUGGAGAAGCUGUCGUACCACAGCGUGUGCACUGCGGAGGAGUCGCAGAGCCUCAUGCAGUGCACGUUGCCCACGCCCAUCGUCAAGGAGAUAGAGCUGUACCACUUUGACAUUGGGCCCUUUGAGGACAUGUGGCCUGCCUUCUUUCUGCACAUGGUGCACAACUGCUGUGGCCAGAGCAGCUUCGAGCUGGAGAAGCUGUGCCGGUUCACCAUGUCUGUGCGGAAGAACUACCGCCGCGUGCCGUACCACAACUGGAAGCACGCGGUGACGGUGGCGCACUGCAUGUACGUGCUGCUCCAGCGCAACCCGGGCAUCUUCUCCGAGAUUGAGUGCAAGGGCUUGAUGGUGGCGUGCCUGUGUCACGACCUGGACCACCGGGGCUACACGAACACCUACUUCCAGAAGUUUGAGACGCCCCUCUCCGCGCUGUACUCCACAUCCACCAUGGAGCAGCACCACUUUGCCCAGACGCUCUCCAUCCUGCAGCUGGAGGGGCACAGCGUCUUUGAGAACCUGGACUCGGCCGAGUACGAGGAGGUGCUGGAGAUAAUUCGCAAGGCCAUCAUUGCCACGGACCUCGCGCUAUACUUUGGCAAUCGCAAGCAGCUGGAGGAGAUCCUGCAGGGAGAGCAGCUGCAGAUCAAGAACCAGGCCCAUCGGGACCGUUUGAUUGGUCUCAUGAUGACGGCGUGUGACCUCUGCUCCGUGACCAAGCUGUGGCCGGUGACCAGAGCCACCGCCAACGACAUCUACGCGGAGUUCUGGGCGGAGGGAGACGAGAUGAAGAAAAAUGGAAUCCAGCCGAUAGCCAUGAUGGACCGAGACAAGAAGGACGAAAUCCCUCAGGGCCAGGUGGGCUUCUAUAACGCGGUGGCCAUCCCGUGCUACACCACCCUGGUUGAGAUUCUCCCCACAGCCAACCCCCUCCUGCAGGGAGUCAGGGAGAACCUGGCCCAGUGGGAGAAGUUGGUCCGAGGUGAGGACACCUCGGUGUGGAUCCAGUCGCAGUCCCUCCCCAACGAUGACACCAUUCCCGUCGAGAUCGACAACUGAGAGAGAGCGAGAGAGAGAGAGACGUUAAAAAGGAAACAAAUACACGAAUCGGAAAGGAACGAUGACGGAAGAAGAGCGGGAAUGGCGAGAAAAGAGCCCGCUCGUUGCCGCGUAGGGCCUUUUCCCUCGCGGCAGAGGGCAGCGCGGGCGUGGCAGGGACGAUGCAAGGACGGCGCUGUGAGUGGGGGACGGUAGCGGCGGGUUUCCAGGUUCGACGCGCGUGGCGCACCGCCGUCUGCGUCGUUGGGGGACGUCACGCAAGCGUGCGCUUACGUACGCCAGCCGCGUGCAGGGAGACUGAGAAAGUGCGAACGGCCAACUUUGGGCCUCAAAACGGGUUGCCUUAACAAGAAAGCGCAGAAAUAAAAAAAAUGUCGCGCUUCGAAAACUACUACUACUGCUACGGCUACAACAACAUCGACGAAAGACACCAAACGAUUUUUUAAAAAGUAUUUUGUUACGUUUCAUGAAGUACAGCGAUGCUGUUAGCUGCCUGUUAAUGUCGGGUUCAAGAAAAACCGGAGCAAAAAAAAAAAAGAAAUAUAUUUUUGUUUUGUUUGCGAAAACAAAAUCGCACCACAGCGAGAGACGAUGACUGCGGCGCGGCGUUCCUUCGCGCCGUUUCGUUCACCGCGGACCUCUCCCCUCGCUCCCCCCGGCUCCAGCCUCACCUGCGCCAGGCUCGCUGCGGCCCGGCCAUGUCGCUCAUUCCAGCGUGCCUGCCUACCUGCAUGUCAGCCGUGUGGAUCGCUCGUCGGCACGUCACGUGAUCAAAACCGGCCAAUGGAGAGGCCGCCGGAGGGCCAGUGUCGUUGGAGAGUCUCAUCGAUGAAUGAUUCAGUUUGCUCGAUGAGCCAAAAAGGGAACGUGCUGGUUUCACUGGUUUUGACUCGUGCAGACGAUUGGCACGAUUGGCUACGUACGGUGCGAAAGAAGUUAAACAUGCAUUACACACGAUGGUCUACGCUUGCUGCGGUACGUUCAGCGACUGCACAGGAAUGGGGCGGCCUGACGCGACAAGGCACGCUCGGCGGUUUGGGGUCAGGACGUGGGGACUGGCAGUCCAGACAAGAAAAAAAGGCCUCUUCUGAGGGGGGCCUCUGUCCCAAAGGUCUCCAUGUCAACGUUCAGCCAAUCUCGCAUGUGCGAGCUCUGAAAUGAAAAUAAAAACAAAAGACUGAAAUUAACGAAAAGACUUUGAACAGAGGAGCAUUUUUUGCACUACAUCGUAAUGGCUUGCCUGCAAUUUUAGUAAGGAAUAAGUUAACCCUCAAGAGUUUAGCCUCAUUGUAGAGACUUGAGAUUGGAGCGAAAGGCCCGCUCAUUGGAACUCUGUGAAGACGGUGUGAAACUGUUGCAUCGGACAAAAAAACCUAAAGAUUUAACCAUUGAAUGCAGAGUGGCGUUUGAAGGAAACAAGCGGGCACGAGCCAUUUUUGCGAGACGCCUUACCGGGGAGGGGAAUUAUUUUUUUUGGUUGUCUGAAGUAAAAAAGAGAUCAGGGCUUUUUCUUUUCAUGACUGCACUUUCGAGCAAAUGUUGGGAAACACUCCGACGUAUGUGUCUAACACGUGGGUGAAAUGACUUUAUAAUGAACUCAUUAAGCUUAUUGUAGUCGCCACCGAACGGACGUGUAACACGAUGUACUUCAGCAGAGGGUAACUUUUAGCCUCUUUGUUAAUAAAUAACCCAACCAUAAUCUUAACGUAUAACUGAUCGCAUAUACCUGCCACAUACCGUAAUGCAUGUUGUACACUGCUGACAUGAAUUGGGAGUAUUAUUGAAUAUUUAUAUUUGAUAACACAUCACCGCAGUGGGCACAAGCUACUUCCGUGACGGCUCUCGAAUUGCCGCCUGGCUGUAUGCGUGGAAGUUGUUCCACGCACGCAAAUGACAAAUGGUGAGACAGCGCAACGCCUCCCUUCGUUCGUGACUUUCGCUUGGUAGCGUCGAUGAUCGGUCAUCACCUGACCAUGACUGCCCGCAGUCUCUGGGCACGAUCCAUUGAAAACAUGAACCCCACCGCCUUGCAUUCAGCCACAACUCGCAUUACAGGACAAAUAUGUUUUGUUCCCAGACUCCCCGCACCCCCGAAAGGUCAACCGUUGUGUAGCCGCACGUAUCUUGCGAAACGAACGACACGAAUGCAAGAAACUGUUUCAAUCUCGGCGAUUGGUAACCAGCAAAUUAAUAAUCAUCAUAAUAAUUUCACAAUGAUUUA